GAACUGGACCCUACCAUCUACGACUAUGAUUCCUUCCACUCUGCUGCGACUUCGGCUGCUUCUGCUCGCAAAGCAGCGGCCAAGCAGGAGACUGUGAAUCAAGGUCCGAAAUAUAUGAACGCUCUCCUCACUGCUGCCGCCCAACGAAAACAAGACCAACAAGUCGCCCGUGAAAAGUUCCUACAGAAAGAGCGUGAGAAUGAAGGCGACGAGUUUGCAGACAAGGAGAGUUUCGUCACUGGAGCCUACAAAGCACAACAAGAGGAGAACCAGGGCCUACGUGAGGAAGAAGAGAAGAAAGCCGCCGAGGAAGAAGAAAGAAAAAGAAAAAUGGGCGGAGGCAUGCAAGGUUUCUACCGCAAUGUCAUGGCCGAUAGCGAGCGCAGGCAUCAAGAAGCCCUCGAAGCAGCCGCCGAAAUGGAGAAGCGCAAACUCGCUGGCGACGACAUUUCAGACGACCCAGACACAAAACAAGAAAAGGAUCGUGUUGCAGAACUGGCUGCAAAGGGCGUCAACGUCACCCUUAACGAUGAAGGUCAAGUCGCAGAUAAACGCCAACUGCUCACUGCUGGUCUCAACGUGCUUGCCUCUCCUGCUGCACCAACAAAGCCUUCUGCCACAAUCCAGAAACAAGAUGACUCGGCCCAGUGGAAUAGGAAACGCGAUAGUGGUGCGAGAGAAAGGCAGACCAGGAUGAUGGAGCAGCAACUGGAGGAAAGCAGAAAACGUGCCUUGGAAGCCGACAAAGAGGAACAGGAAAGGUUGGAAAAGGCCAGCAAGAGCAAGAAGACAGAGUCGGAUAUCAGCUCAGCGAGAGAAAGGUUUUUGGCCAGAAAG